UCUACCGCCAUUAUUUAUAACUGCAAAAGUGCCACAAUGGCACCCCACUGGUACUGUUUGUUUCUGGGAGUGGUACUCACACAGGGACUUUUCGCUUUAAGCCCGAUCCCAGUUCCGGAAGAAGAAUGGAUAGAGUUUUCAAGGAUGUUGAGGGAUCCUCAGUACCGUCUCCCAAGAACAUCUAUCCCGCUGAAGUAUCAAGUGACGCUUACGCCAUACCUGGAUAUAACUUCUACUCCCAACGUUACUCCGUUUACAUUUGACGGAGAAGUUACCAUUGACUUAACUGUUCUAACAGCAACAAAUGAAAUUGUUUUACACUGUAAUGAUCUGACAAUUCACGAGUUAACAUUAACAACAGCCACGGGGAUAGCGGUAGCAUUAGAAAAUAAUACAUUGACUUGUGAAAUGCCGUAUAGUUUUCUAAGAGUGCGGGCAAUAUCACAGUUAACAGCUAAUACGCAAUAUACACUUAAGUCUAGGUUCAGUGGAAAUUUGCAAACUAACAUGAGAGGGUUCUAUAGAAGUUGGUACAAGGAUAGCAAUGGUCAAAAGAGAUGGUUAGGGUCCACACAAUUCCAACCAGGUCAUGCCCGUCAAGCUUUCCCUUGCUACGAUGAACCUAGUUUCAAGGCAUUAUUUGAUAUUACUAUUAUAAGAGAUUCGACGUUACAACCAACUGUAUCUAAUAUGCCCAUCAAGGCCACCACAAAUGUCACUGGAAGAGUAUCCGAAACCUUCUUCACAACCCCAAAAACAUCAACAUAUUUACUCGGUUUUAUAGUUUCUGACUUUGAAAUAGUAGCCACAAAUAACAACGUUACGCACCCAUUCCAUAUCUAUGCACGAACUACUGCGAACAGAACUGGGGACUUUGCACUGGAUAUGGGAAUUAAACUCUUGGAUAUCAUGACGGAGUACACUAACCUUCCAUAUUACGAAAUGGCUCCAAACAUUGACAUGAAACAGGCAGCAAUUCCUGACUUCUCAGCGGGUGCUAUGGAAAACUGGGGCAUGCUCACAUACAGGGAAGCUUUUCUACUUUACGACGAAGACAACAGCAACCAUUGGUACAAGCAAAGAAUUGCGAACGUUAUAGGACAUGAAGUCGCCCACCAGUGGUUUGGAAACCUAGUCACGUGCUCGUGGUGGGACAAUCUGUGGCUGAACGAAGCGUUUGGUAGAUUUUAUCAAUACUAUCUAGCUGAAAUGGGUGCUCCAGAAAUGGGAUUCAACACAAGAUUCAUUGUUGAACAACUCCGAGUGUCAAUGUUAUCUGAUUCGGUUGAUUCUGCGCAUGCGCUGACAAACCCUGACGUCAAUGAUCCAGCUAGUGUGUCAGCACACUUUUCAACCAUCACCUAUGCAAGAGGCGCAUCUAUGUUGAGAAUGACGCAAUACCUUCUCGGUGAUGAAACUUUCGUUAAGGGUCUGCGAAAAUUCCUAGAUGCAAGGAAAUUUGACGUAGCAGAUCCCAAUCACCUCUUCUCUGCCUUGGAUGAGGCUGCGAGGGAGGAUGGAGCUUUGGCUAAUUACGAUGGCGUUACCGUCGAAUCAUACUUCCGGACAUGGUCAGAAAGAGCUGGUCAUCCACUCCUGACAGUUACUGUUAACCAAACCAGUGGACAAGUUCGCAUUAACCAGGCUCGCUGGGAACGUGACACAGGAAAGUCGCAAUACAGCCAAAUCUGGCAAAUACCUAUAACAUGGACUCGGGCUAACGUUUCUGAUUUUGAUGAUCUAAAGCCAUCGCUCAUGAUUACUGAAGCAGCUGCCUCAUUUAAUAGAGGCACCACCGGUCCUGAAUGGAUCCUACUUAAUAAACAACAAACAAGCUUUUACAGAGUCAAUUAUGAUCAUAAUAAUUGGGUUCUCCUCACAAGAGCCCUUAGAAGUAAUUCAAGAACUGCGAUUCACGAAUUCAACAGGGCUCAGCUCGUUGAUGAUCUCUUCAACUUUGCUCGUGCUGGAUUACAUACAUACAACACAACCUUCAACAUUCUUUCCUUCUUGGAAUUCGAAGAUCAGUACACACCGUGGAUUUCAGCUAUUACCGGUUUCAAUUUCGCAAGAAGCCGCUUGGCCUACGAUUCUGCUAAUUUACAAAAGCUAGACAACCUUAUUUUAAGUCUAAGUAAAGCCAUUGUAGCUCGUUUAGGCUACGUUGAACAACCAGGAGAGCCUUUCCUUGAUGGUUUACUUCGGACGAGUGUGAUGAAUUUCCUCUGCAAUAUCGGUGACGAACAAUGCCUUUCUACCGCUAAAACUACUUUCGAACAAUGGAAAAAUGGAGGAAGAAUUUACCCGAAUAUGCGCCCAUGGGUCUACUGUAAUGGUCUUCGCCAGGGUACAGCUGAAGAUUUCACAUUCUUCUGGAAUAAAUACCUUGACGAACAACUCGCCACUGAAGUGGUAGUUAUGCUGACUGCGGCUGGUUGUACUAAAGACACAGCUGGUUUGGAAACAUUCUUGAGUGCUAUCAUAAACGCUGAUGAAAUUAUCAGACCUCAAGAUGUGUCAACAGCUUUAAGUUCAGCAGUAACUAGUAAUGAAGAAAAUACUAUGAAAGUAUUGAAUUGGUUGAAGAGAAACAUCGCUCAAGUUAAUAGCAGACUCGGCAGUGCAUCGACGUUUAUCAGCAACAUUGGUGGCCGGCUCCGCAAUGAAGCACAAAUAACUGAGUUCCAAAGCUGGCUUGACGAGAAUCGCGAAAUCCUUGGUGCUGCGUACACGACUGGUAUUAACUCUAUUGCAACUACCAGACGUAACAUGGCCUGGUCAGCUAAUAGACUUAGCGAGUUCACCACUUACUUCGAUAAAGGCUAUGUUGAGGAAGAACUAGAUUUGGAUGAAGCUGAAGAAGUAGAAGAAGAAGACCCUGAAGAGGACACUGGUGAUGACGCCAGCGCUGCAGCAUUGAGCACCGUUUUGCUUCUUAUAACUGUUUCUAUUAAUAUGUAUGCGUAAUUUAACAUAGCGUAACUGAUUUGGAAAAGAGCAUGAGAAUGUAUAUCAUAAGACAAUGAUUAAAUUAUUUUUGUACAAGAAAA